AUGGACAUACUUCGCGAAUUAAACGACGAAGAGUUGCAAUAUAUCACGGAAGAACUUAAAAGUAAACUUCCUGAUACUUUAAAGGAUUUAAAUUACAUUUUGACAGUGAAAAGAAACAAAGAUUUAGUUAAGAAAAUUGAAAAUGUAUCAGAAAAUUUCUUGCCAACUUUCUACACUCAUCGGAGAGGAUUGAAAGAAAACUGCACAUUUUUUGCAAUAACAGGUGCUGGUGAUCACAACGUUUGGAUUUUUUCAUUCGAAGAAAACUUAAGCGAAGUAACAGAAUGUUUGGAACAAACUUCACUUAUUCGAUGGAAAGAUAAAAUAUUAUUUGAUAUUGUGGACAGAAAAAUAGCUUCACUAGUUAUUGAACAGAUUAAUAAAAAUAAUUAUAAACUGAAACUGUCUGUCGAAGGCUCCUACUAUUACUUGAAAAAGGAAAAAGUUUAUCAAUUCGAUCUCAGUAUUCCUGAUGGAACUUAUUUGAAGAAAUUAACUGAAACCGAUGUAAAAUUUUGCACAAGCACAUGGGAAUGGAGCAGUGAGACUACGGAAAAUUUUGUUAGAACAAUAAUUCUGAUUGAUUGUGCUUAUGGUCUUUGUGACAAAUCAACUGAUGAAAUCUUAUCAUUUGGCACAAUCAAUCAUUAUUCGGCUAUUUCAAUGCUUUAUACUGUUGAACAUGCGAGAGGCAAAAAAUAUGGAGAAUUCAUUGCAAAAUAUCUGGCAGUAAAAAUUGCGGAAGAUUUCAGUUUGAUACCAAACUGUUGCAUUGUAACAUCAAAUAUUGCAUCAGAAAAACUGUUUAAUAAAUUGGGAUAUGAACGCAUUUGUGACAUAACUUGGGUUGUUGUCGAAGAAGCGAAAUAAUGUAAAAUAAUAAAGACAACUUUAAAAAGAAC